AUGGGUUACGUUUGUGAUUUUUGUGGGGAACAAAGGUCCAUGGUUUAUUGCCGGUCAGAUGCUGCAUGCUUGUGUUUAUCUUGCGAUCGAAAUGUUCAUUCUGCUAAUGCUUUGUCCAAGCGCCAUUCACGAACCCUCAUAUGUGAAAGAUGCAAUUCACAUCCCGCAUCAGUUAGAUGCGCUGAAGAAAGAAUAUCUCUUUGUCAGAAUUGUGAUUGGAUGGGCCAUGGCACUUCAACGUCAGCUUCCACGCAUAAAAGGCAGACGAUCAAUAGUUACUCUGGCUGUCCAUCAGCUUCUGAACUUUCUUCAAUAUGGUCAUUCGUUUUAAACGUCCCUUCUAGGGGUGAAUCUACUUGUGAACAGGAGUUGGGUCUGAUGAGCAUUGCUGAAAAUAGCGCCACAAUCUCCUGGGGUCCUACAGAGAAUAAUAUUGGCCAAAAUGCAUCUGGAGUUGUUGAGGUUAAUGACAGGCGUGAAAUAGCUAAACCAGGUGUUUGGCUUGAGACUUCUUCGAUACCUGAAUCGAGCUCUGUGCCGAACAAUCUAGACCAGCCAACCAAAUCCACAAAUACAUCUUUGCCAAAGUUAUACUGUCCCGGGACCAAGUGUCCUGCGCCCUAUGAAGAUGCUGAUUUUUAUGAGGACUUCAAUAUGGAUGAAAUGGAUAUGAAUCUCGAACACUAUGAAGAGCUCUUUGGUGUCACGCUCAAUAAUUCAGAAGAGCUGUUUGAGAAUGGUGGCAUUGAUAGCUUAUUUGGGACAAAGGACAUGUCUGCUGCAGACUCCAAUUGUCAGGGUGCAGUUGCAGCUGAGGGGUCAUCAGUUGGACUAGUCAACGCAAUACAGCCCGCAUGCAGCAACGCAGCAUCUGCUGAUUCUAUGAUGAGUACUAAGACUGAACCAGUCCUUUGUUUUACACCAAGGGCUGGAGUGCCAGGCCACGCCAACCUCUCAUUUUCUGGCCUUACUGGAGAGAGUAGCCCUGGAGAUUACCAAGAUUGUGGAGCAUCUUCAAUGCUUCUCAUGGGAGAGCCUCCAUGGGGUCCCCCAUGCCCUGACGGUUCCUCACCAUCAGGUAACCGGAGUGAUGCCGUAAUGCGUUACAAGGAAAAGAAGAAGACACGCAAGUUUGAAAAGAAAGUGAGGUAUGCGUCUCGCAAAGCAAGGGCAGAUGUAAGAAGGCGUGUGAAGGGUCGCUUUGUCAAAGCUGGUGAUGCUUAUGAUUAUGACCCUCUGAGCCACACAAGAAGUUUCUGA